CAGCAGAGGAACCAGAGGGAAAGUCCACCUUCCCAAGCACAGCCUUACCAUCCACCUCAGUCGACUGCUUGUCAAUUUCACUACCAACAGAAAGGGGCCUACAUAUCCACGGAAGAAAUGUCAAGUGAUAAGUCCAGUAGCCCUAAGAAUGAUCUCAAGAAUUGUGAUCCCAGAUGUGAACAAAAGUGUGAGACCAAAUGCCAGCCCAGCUGUCUAAGGAAGCUGCUACAACGCUGCUCUGACAAGUGUACACUAGACAAGUGCCCACCACCACCAAAGUGUCCUCCAUGUCCUCCAUGUCCCCUAGUGUGUCAACCACAGUGUUCUGCACCAACCUCCCCUCUGUGUCCCCCACUGUGCUCCCCAAAAUGUACCUGGACAUGUCCACCACCAUGCUCAUGCCCUGCAACAUGUCCAUGCCCUAACAAGGGAUGUGUUAAGCCUUGCCCUCCCAAGUGCCCCUCUCCAUGCCGACCCCCAGAGUGAGGCACCAUGGGCAACACCAAACUCACCACCACUAGCCUCCAUUACUACCUACAAUGUUAUGGAGCUGGAAGUGAAACCAUGAACUGACAAAGACCUUCUUCUGCUGUGGAACACUUCUGUCACUUUGGAGGAUUUGCUUUGUUUUGUGGUGGUUGUUACAGAGCACUCUGCCAAGAAGCAGUCCAUGGGAGUGAGAUCUUUGAGGACCCCACAGCCUCUGCUUGUCACUUAGGGGAAGUUACCUUUCCAGAGAAUGCCAAAUCCUGCUAGAGCAAUGCAUGACACCAACCUCACCACCACUGGCCUCUAUUACCAUCUACAACAUUGUGGGGCUGGAAGUGAAACUAUGAACUGACAAGUAAACACGUUCCUCUGCUGUGCAAGA